GGUAUGAUUCAGAGGAAGGAGGUGGUGCUGUCCGUCCUGGUGGACCUCCAGGAGGCCACGGAGAGCGCCGGCCUGGACAGCCUGACCGCGGUGGCCCUGGAGGUGGACCAGGCCCUCGCUCCCUUCCAGCUCCCGAAGACCCCCUGUCAGGACUUCCCCGAGUGGGCGGGGGUGGACGACGUGGCCCACGGCCUGUACCCGCCCGAUGCCCCCGCCGGCCUCUUGCCUCUCAACUGCAACGGAGAGGGAAACCUGCUGUUCGACGCCGUCAGCAUGCUGUUGGUGGGCAACACUGGACUCAGCUUGGAGCUACAGGUACGCACCGUGGUGGAGAUGGUGCUGUGGAAGAGAUACUACCUGUCUGGGAUGAUCGAUUCCAAAAUGAUGCUCCAGGCCGUUCGCUUCAGCCUCUCUGCCGAGGAGUCCGAGGACAUGCUCAACCUGCCCGUGGCGGUCUUGGAGGCCAUCUUCGACGCCGACGUCAAAGCGUCCUGCUUCCACGGCUCCUACGCCAACAUGUGGCACGUGUACGCGCUGGCGUCGGUCUUGCAGUUCAACAUCUACUCCAUCUACCCCAUGUUCAACCUGAAGAUCCGACCGUACUUCCACCGCGUCAUCCGGCCGCGCACCUGGCCCCGAGACUCGGAGGCGCCGGCCCUGCACGUCAUGUGGUCCGGCGAGCUGCUCUCCGGGUCGUCGUUCAAGCCCAACCACUUCGUGGCGCUGGUCCGGACGAGCGACCUCGUGGUCGGAAGCCCCCGCGGCGAGCAGAGGGCGUCGCCGACGAAGAGCGAGGAGCUGCCGAACCAGGACUCGCAGCUGUCCUACCCGGGUCUCAAGGACAAGUACAACAUCACCAAGAGGACCUUCUACCGCUGGAAGAGGCAGACGCAGGAGCACUGCAAGAAGUCGGCCGCCAGGUACGAGGCAAAGUACUUCCUGCAGGCCUGCUACCUGGAGGGCAAGCUCAUCCCCCUGCACCAGUUCAAAGAGUUCUUCCCCGAGAUCUCGAGGUCGUCGUACUACAACUGGAAGCACGAGCUCCUGAAAUCCGGCGGUACCUUCUCCACCUCGUCGUCCGCCGGCGAGAUAAGUCCCGGAGAGAGCACGGAGCAGGAGGUCUGGUCUUCGCCCGAAGCCAAGCAGGACGAGCAGCCGGACCCGCACGACAGGGUGGUCAGCAUGUUUGGCCUCGGCAAGCUGGAUCUGGAGCGGGCCCAGAACGUGGCUCACAUGCAGGAAGCCAAGCGCUGUCUGCAGAAUUGCAUCGCCGUGAACACCUCCCUGCCCUUCAGGGUCUUCAAAAGGAACUACCCGGGGAUCUCCAGGUCCACCUACUACAACUGGAGGCGGGAGGCCAUGCUGUUCAACGGGGGCUACAAAGGCGGCGGCGGCGGCGUCGGCAGCAGCGAGGACAGCUCGGACGCCGACAAGAGCCCGAGUCCAAAGAAUCUUUCCGCCGUCCCGGCGAACGCAGCCGGCCAGCAUUUCCUGCCCAGAACGAGGGUCUGCAGGCGGAAGCACAAAAUCUUCCGGCUGGCGUACGUGAGUAAGAAACAGCUCCGAGAUGCUGCCAAGCUCCACGUCCAGAAGUCCAAAUGGUCGCUGACAAAGUUCAAGCUCAAGUUCCCCUCCAUGUCUCCGUGCUUUUACUGGCUUUGGCGCAGCGCUCAGAACCUCAAGAAGAAGAAGAAGAAGAAGAAGAAGAAGAAGAAGACGACGACCGAGGCGCCGCCGACUGUCGCGGCGCGCGGCCCGAUCGAUCCCCCGGAGAGUCCGGCGGUCGCCGCUCCGGACGACGAGGCGCCGGGCGGGAUGGCGGACGGCCGGCGCGUGUUCUUCGAGAGCCCUCAAUAUGCCCAAGCGGCGGUGCCUCCUCCGCCCUUUGAUGCGCCGAGAUCAAAGCACGCCCGUCACGACCAGGCGCCCGGGCAGGAGCCGAUGUUUGCGCUGGAUGUUGUGGCUCUGGCCAACUUCAAGGCCAAGGCGAAGCUGUUCCUGCAGCGGCGCUUCGAGGAGAAAGCCUUCCCCACGUUCAAGGAGUUCAGGUCCUACUUCCCGUUCACCCCGCGCUCCACGUACUACAUGUGGAAGCGAGCGCUGCAUCACGGCGUGUCGCUGGUUCACGGGUAAGCUGUGCGACGGGCCUUUUUUAAUCUUCGAGCGGAUGUCCGGGAGCAACUCGGACGCCACCGGAGGCUCCCGCGUCGUCUCCGCCCGUGGCUUUUCUCUCCGUAAACACACGACCUACACGUCGCGGUCGCCAUGUUUCUUUUCAUGUUUUUAGAAAGACCGUCGAGUGCACCGGUUUAGCAUUUAAAUGCCUUGUGUCCUUUCCCUGUGCCCCGCCGCCACCUCGGCUCAUUCCUCCCUCCUGGACAUUUGCACAUGUGUGAAAAGAAGACCGAGUGGUGGGUCAGUUUAAGCCCUGCAUGUUGCCCUGCAGGCAAAAAGGGCAGUUCAAAGCUGUUGUUCUGUUCCCUUUUAAUUCCUUGCUAAGCAUUGUACUCUACGUCCUUUUAUUUCUUUCGGUGUUUCAUUGUUGCGGGAUUAUUAAUGGUUAAAUGUAUGAUUUUUUUUUUCUUCUUUCGUUGAUGUUUGUGAUAUUGAUCUGAGAGGCUUCUGCAGUAUUGUCUGUUUUUUUAAAUACAUAAUAUUUUUUGUAUCCUUUUAAUGUGAAGAGCUGUCAGAGAUGAGUUUACACCUUCCUCAAUCAUCCUCUGUAAACAGGGUUCCUGCCCCCCCCCCUUUUUUUUCUUUUUUUCUUCAACCCUCUACUUUUUGGUAUUUGAAUGUUGUCACAUUUUGUGCGUGACGUUUUAUUUGGUCGUCUCAAGAUUCGACCAUUUAAUAUUUUUUAUGACGUACUUUUAAAAAUGGCUUUUCUUGACCUGUGUUGCCGAACACUAUAAACUGAGUUUUUUCACGCUCACACUGUAUUUGCACUGAAAUGGUUCCCAUGACACUGUUGAUUGUAUUAUCUUCACCACCAUGCACCCUUUGGUGAGGUUUGAAUUCUCCUACAAUUCUAUAUUCUUUCUUUUUUAUAAUGGUUUCUUUACUUUUAAACUCAAUAUAAAUGAAAGUAGUU